GCGGGCUCCUUGAACGCGGCGGCGGAGCGGGAGGCGGCCGGGUACGCUCCGGACGAGGCCGCACGGCGCCCCUUGCGCCCCCCACCUGCGGCAGGAUGUUGGACGAGCUGGACCCGGAGCAGGAGCAGGAGAACGUGCCCCCCGUGGGCAAGGCGCUGCCGCCCGCCGUGCCCCGCAGCCGCACGGUGCUGGGGGUGCUGCGCGAGAACCGCCCGCGCCCGCAGGCGGUCGCGGCGGCGGCGGCGGGCCCGUCGCGCAAGGGCGAUGGCGGGGCCCGGGCGGUCCGCGCGCCGCAGCCCUUCGCCGUGCACGUGGACGAGCCGGACGGGGGGCGGCGCGGCCGGGUGGGGGCCGCCAAGCGCGCCGGGCCCGCACUGCCCGUCGCGGGGCUCCCCACCGACAGGAAGCCGCUGGUGCCGCUCGACACCGCCAUGGACCUCAGCUGCGAUUCUCCAAGUAUUAUGGAUAUAUCUAUAAUCCAAGAUGUGGAAGAAAGAGUAAAUGUUAAUCAUGUGCCAGACUACAUUGAUGAUAUCCAUAAAUACAUUAGGGAAAUGGAGGUGAAAUGCAAGCCUAAAUCUAACUAUAUGAAGAAACAGCCUGAUAUAACAAACAAUAUGAGAGCUAUUCUUGUGGACUGGCUGGUGGAAGUAGGAGAAGAAUAUAAACUACAGAAUGAAACCCUGCAUUUAGCUGUAAAUUACAUUGAUAGAUUUCUUUCUUCAAUGUCUGUUCUGAGAGGAAAGCUUCAGCUUGUGGGUACUGCAGCUAUGCUGCUAGCAUCAAAGUUUGAAGAAAUUUACCCUCCAGAAGUUGCAGAAUUCGUCUAUAUCACAGAUGACACCUAUACUAAGAAGCAAGUAUUAAGGAUGGAGCACUUAAUUUUGAAAGUCUUGUCAUUUGACUUGGCAGCUCCAACAAUAAAUCAGUUCCUUACUCAGUACUUUCUGCACCAGCAGGCAAAUGCUAAAGUUGAAAGUUUAUCGAUGUAUCUGGGGGAGUUGAGCCUAAUUGAUGCUGACCCAUACCUUCAACACUUGCCAUCAGUUAUUGCUGCUGCUUCAUUUCAUCUAGCAAGCUACACACUCACUGGACAAACCUGGCCUGAAUCAUUGUCCAGAACGACAGGAUAUACACUUGAAAGCCUCAAGCCUUGUCUUAUAGACCUUCACAAGACCUACCUCAAAGCAGCACAACACACACAACAGUCCAUAAGAGAGAAAUACAAGAGUGCAAAGUAUCAUGGAGUAUCGCUCAUUGACCCACCAGAGACACUAAACCUAUUGUAACAAUCAAGGGACUGAUGCUUUUUUUUUUUUUUCCUCUCCUUUUUUAAUAUAUAUAUAUAUAUUUUUUUUUUUUAAGAUGUGCAUUUACUCCUCCAAGAAAAUGAUGUAGAGUUUUAAACUUCGUUCAAAAUUUUAGGCUUCCAAUCAUCAUUUCAGAUUCAAUCUGAAGUUCACUUCAGAUUAUGACGUUUGUUUUUAUAGGGUUUUAAUGUAAAUCCUUUGUGCAAAAAAUCUUGUUCAAAAUACUUAGCUGGAGCUCUUUUCUAUAAAGCCAUUCUGUUCAAGUUUUAAACUUAACCAUGCAGACCAACUGUUUAAUCUGAGACCUUAGACAUUUUAUCCUAAAAUGAUUAGAGAAAGCGUCGGAGUAAACGGCAUAUGGAAUAAAAUUGAGUAAGAGCAGCGCAGUGAAGUGGGAAUUCCCACUUCCACAGUGGUCAUGUUUGUCUCAAGUUCUAGUGAACCACUUGAACAGCAACACAGUAUCUGUAGCAUCUCUUGCUAACACUACAUUCUAGUAUUGCUUUGGACGUGGAUUAAAUCUAAACUGUCUCUAAUAGCAGUCAUGCUGGACUAAAUAUCUAAACUACUAGGAAGAUAAAACUUGGCUGAACUGCUGAAGCAUUCCAACCUUGCUUCUUUUAUGGGAGAACACUGAAGUCCAUUGUUAAGGGUUAUGUUCUAACAUUGCUAACGUUCUAGUAUUGUCAGGUUGUGUAUUACAUGCUUGGAAGCUACCAUUAGACAGCUAAAACUGAGCCCCAUGUCAUAAGGUUCCCACCUUAUGGUGUAGGAAAUGGUUCAACUUAAAAUCACAGAGACUAGAAUAAUUUUUUUUUUUUAUAUGAAAUUCGUGCAGGUCUAUUACUAAAAAUGUUAGCUUCCAUAAAAAGUUAUUUACAGCUAAUGUAUGAUAGUGCUGUUGUACUGCUUGAGCAGAACCCAGCUGGGAAAAGUAAACUAUAAGGGGGUGAGACCAGCCACUAGAUGCACCACCUUCCUCUUUUAAAAGAAGACAGUACAGGUGGCCAGCACAGCUUGAUUUUUAUGACGAGUUGUGGGUUUAGGGAUACUAGUUCAUUGGUCCUUCACUCUUCCUGUGAGUAGGUCUUACUUAGCACCUAAUCAAAAUAAGUUCUUGUUUUCUUCACUUCAGUAGAGCACUUUUUAAUACCAUAAAAUGACUAAAUCAGUGUUAGGGCAAAUAUAAACUGACCUUAGUCUGUGAAUCUGUAACACUGCUUUGUUACUUGGUCUGUAAAGCGGUGGCUGCAUGGAAAUGGAUUUAAGAGUAUACCAGGUUGCCAAAUAAACAUCUUGUUACUGGACCUAAUGUCAGUGGUGGUCUCUUGCCUAUAUUCUCACUUGAUAAUGGCAGCUGACUAUCCUAAAUCUGUAUCACCUAGGUUUUGAUUCAAAGCUAGUGCCACUUAGUGUCCUUAGUACACUGUAGAUACAUAACAAAAGUGGAUAAGCAUGUUUGUUUUGCCAUGAGAACUGGUAUGUAAAAACAAUUCCUGACCACUUGUUUUUGUUUCAGUGUAACUCAUUCCAGAAGUCUUUGCUCUGAUACACGUGGGCAUUUUCAUACUUUGUCUAAAAAUGAUGAUGCGUCUAAAAAUGAGAGCCAGGGCAUGUCACUUUGAAGCAUUUCAAAUGGGGGAAACUGGCAUGGAGGGGCAGGUUGUCUAGAAGUUGGGCUUUGCAGCCUAGGCAGAAAGAGAUCAUUCAACUGUGCCCAUCUCGGCAAGAUCUAGAAAGUGGGGAGAGCUAAACCACAAGCUAGGGGAAAAGCUUCAGCUCUGCCAUAUCAACACUCUGAGGACCUAAGUAUGUUAACUGUUAGAAAAUUAAGUGACAGCAGCUAAAGUUAUUAGGCUUAACUAAAAGCCAUAUAACCAGGUGCCAUAUGACCUUCAUAAACCUGUUAUUUCUGCUUAAUUUUAUCACUUCUGCUGAAAGACUAUAGAUGCAUCAGAAGCUUAGUUUCAUACUUCUAAGGUUUUUUUUUGUUUCCUUCCUCUAGCAAAACACUGUUAAGUGCUUAUAUUGGCAUAAAUAACUAACCAGUGUUUUUCCUGAGGAACCAAAAGUCCUCCUUCCUUCUGUGCUCAAUACAGGAAAUGAGCACUAGUAGCCUCUUCCACUUCUGGAUGAGAAAUCAAACAUGGUGCAGUCAGUCCUUAAAGGGAGUAUCCUUUGAUAUUAUUGCAUUAAUCAGUGCAUGAAGACUUUAAAUGUUAAAGGCUGUACAGUUGGUCCUACAAAGCUGAAAACAUCUGCUGCUUGUUCCAGUGUUUUGACAGUAGAACAAGAGCUGUUCUUAGCAUCCCAAUACUACAGGGCACAAAUUCUUCUACUGAUAACUGUCAACAGCAGUGGACUGCGUCAUACUUUGAAGGCUGCUGGGAUUGGCUUUUUUUUUUUUUUCCCCACAGCUCUGCUCAUGAUGUUGCCCUACUUCUAACACCACACGGAUAAGCCCAUCUCUUACUGCAGUGGGUACUGCUGUAUGAUUUUUCUUACCUUCACAACUGAAGUUACUCUUGGCAGUUCUCAGUAUCUGCUGUUGCUUCCCUCAGAGUUGAGGCAAAGCUUUACCAACACCUACAGUAGACAUGCCAUAAUUUGUGCUGUAUAGAAAAGUGCUGUUUCUAGAGCCAACAUCUUCCAGGCUUUUAUCCAAAAAGACACUUUUAUCCUGAGACACAAUGGGAUCUCUAAAGGAGAGAGGAUGAAGGUGGCUAUUACACAAUGAACUUUAUGCAAGAGAAAAGGGCAAUGUGAUGAACUGCAAACGUGUAAAAGGGCAACAUCUGGAGUUCCCUUAAGAAGAGAACAUAUGUCAUUUAAAUGAGCCAAGAGCUCUGGCAAGAAGCAAUUUUCUAUGUUAGAUUUGAAAGUGGCAAGAUUAGUUAAACAAUUAUUUCCUUUACAAAGUACUAGUGUGUCAGAACAGCUCAAAUGGGGAAGAGUAAGACCUUGUGUAAAUUAUUUCUACUCUGCUGUUGUGUAUAUUUUCAUGUUUGUAUUCCAUCACAUUUUGAGUUCUCAGAUGAAAGCAUCUGAGGUCAACUUGUUCAUGAAAGUUUGUUCAUAUUAUUUCUUUCAAGUGGUCCAGUGUUUAGAAACUUUUUUGUACUUGAAGGAACUUUGUGUCUCAUGUAAUAUGUUUACUGAAACUUUUUAAAAAAUAAACAUUAAAAACUA